UCCGCAAACUGGGCUGCAGCUAUGACACCGCCUCCAACGGGCUGAUCGCUCUCAAUACAUACAAAAGUGCCUCCCGACGCCAUGAUAUAGUUCUCAUGGACAUCUCCAUGCCCGUCAUGGACGGCAUCACCUCAACCGAACAAAUCCGUCGGUACGAAAAGAAAAUGGGACUCAUCCCCACCCGCAUCAUCGCGGUGACCGGGCUCGGCUCGGCGGACCAGCAGCAAGAGGCGCUGGCCGCGGGAGUGGACGAAUACCUGGUCAAGCCCGUCUCGCUGAGCGGGCUGAAGAAAGUAAUGAAGAUCACCUAAUCAUCGAUAUGAUGCACGACUAUUUCCCGCAGUCUAGAUGUACACGGUCUAGAACUCGUUUCUGUUUUACCCCCCCCCAACCCGGGAUCGGAAUGACGGCGAUAGCUGGCCUCCGGAACGGAUUCGCUUACCUGUCACAUUAUCCAUCUUCUGUAGAUAAAGUGUGCAAAAGUACAUAUAUGUAUAUAAUGUUAGUGCUGGUACAUGGAUCACGACUUGAUGACUGUUGUAGAUCGGUAUCUGGUCUUCCGACUUUCAAGAUGACAUUUCCAUUGUGGAUGGAGGGUGGCACGGGGAUCAAGGAUAUAUAUACUUGCACUCGAUGUACGCAGUACAAAAGCUGGAUCACAGCCUUCAAGCUACUAUGUUUGGGACUGGGAUGUCUAAAUAAAGAUAGAGCGAUGACAACCAAACCUAUGACGGACGCGCCUGAGUUUUUAGUUUUUUCAUUCAUCUCCUGUCAAGAAAUAAGCAGCACGCGCCGACAGCAUGAAUCCGGGACGCUACAGACGCUUCAAUACCCGUUCCCAACUGAGCUGUCACCGUAGUUUCCUUGCAAACUGCACCCACAGCCCCCAGAUAAUAAAGAUGAAAUGUGUGAGUAAGUAAGCAAGUCGGCAAGUCAGCACUUAGCGAAAACAGUAUGCGCUGAUCCCGGAGCCUGAUAUUGGCGUUUUCUGAGAGAUAGGGCCUAAGUGACUUUUUGCUGGUGG